AUGGAUGGGGAUGAUUUGACACCUCUCCAAACAGCAGCAUCCAAAGGUGACCUCAAUGGUGUAAAGCUUCUAGUUGGCCAAGGAGCAGAUCUAAAUGAGGCUGUUGUAAAGGGCGGGACACCUCUCCACAUGGCAUCAUCCAAUGGUCAUCUCGAUGUUGUCAAACUUCUCAUUGACAAAGGAGCAGAUAUAGAUAGCACUAAUGAUUAUGAAGACCGUACACCUCUUUAUGCGGCAUCAUCCAAUGGUCAUCUCGAUGUUGUAAAACUUCUCAUUGACAACGAGGCAGAUAUAGAUAGCACUAAUGAUUAUGAAGAACGUACGCCUCUUCUAGCGGCAUCAUUCGAGGGUCACCUUGAUGUUGUACAGACCCUCAUUGACCAUGGAGCAGAUAUAAACAUGGUAGAUAAAGAUGGCAUGACGCCUCUUCACGCGGCAUCAUCCUAUGGUCAACUCGCUGUUUUAAAGGCUCUCAUUGACAUAGGAGUAGAUCUUAAUGCGGGUGAUAAUGAGGGCAACACACCUCUCCAUGCGGCAUCAUCCGGUGAUGUAUACGAUACUGCACAGGCUCUCCUUAACCAUGGAGCAGAAGUUGAUACGGGAAAUUUUUGGGGAAAGACCCCUCUUCACCUGGCAUCAUGCGAGGGUAACCUCAAUAUUGUACAGCUUCUCAUAAGCCACGAUGCAGAUCUAAAUUCGAAUGAGUCUGGAAUGACACCUCUCCAUGAGGCAUCAUCCAAUGGUCACAUCGAUGUUUUACAGGCUCUUAUUUACAAAGGAGCAAAUUUUAAUAUAGUUGAUGAAGAUGGCAUGACACCUCUGCAACUGGCAUCAUCCAAUAAUGUAGAACAGGCUCUUAUAUUUGCUAUGGAUGGAACAGAGGAGAACUAUUAA